AUGGCGUCAGGUUUAGCCUCAAAGUUUGAGAUCAAUGCCGACAUGGGCGAAGGCUUCGGCCGUUGGAAGAUGGGCCCCGAUGAGGAGCUGAUGCCCUACAUCGACGCCGCUAAUAUCGCCUGCGGCUUCCACGCCGGCGACCCCUCCAUCAUGCACAAGACCAUCGCCCUCUGCAAGCAACACGGCGUCAAGGCCGGCGCACACCCAGGUCUCGCCGACCUCCUCGGUUUCGGACGUCGUAAGAUGGAAAUUGACCCCAAGGACAUGUACUGCAUGGUCCUCUACCAGGUCGGCGCCCUCAAGGCGAUGCUCGACGCGCAGGGCGUGUCGCUCGCGCACAUCAAGCCGCAUGGCGAGCUCUUCUUCUACAUGCAGCGCGAUCUGACCAUCAUGCGUGCUGUGCUCAAGGCAUGCGCUACCUUUAAAGUGCCCGUGUACGGCGCAUGGAAUGCGGCGCAGGCGGAGAUGUGCGCGGAGCUCGGGGUCGAGUUCCAGGGGGAAGUGUAUGUUGAUAUCGACUACUCGCCGGAGGGGGCACUGUUGCCCGUGGCAAAGUCGCAGCCGGCGACGCCGGAAAGGUGUUAUGAGAAGGCGAAGAGGGCGAUGAUGACAGAUUCUGGAGCGGACUCAGAGGGGACUGUGUUCAGUUUCGGGUUCAAAGGCAAAGCUUUUAACCUGAUGGCCCCGAAACGCGUUUCUGCCCGCGACUUUACCGUCGGAUGGGUGUGCGCUCUGCCUGUUGAGUUGGCAGCCGCCGAGGGGAUUAUGGAUGAACAGUUUGCUGAAAUUCCCUCCCCGUCGACCGAUAACAAUAUCUAUUCUUACGGCCGGAUCAAGGAUCAUAACGUCGUCAUUGCGUGCCUGCCCGCCGGACACAUGGGCACGAGCUCGGCUGCCACGGCGGCAAGCCUGAUGAAGAGCAAGUUCCCGUGCCUACGAUUCGGUUUGCUGGUCGGAAUCGGCAGCGGCGUUCCUAACCUUGACGAUGAUAUCGAUAUACGUCUUGGAGAUGUUGUCAUUAGUCAGCCCGAAGGCCAGCAUGGCGGCGUGAUACAGUACGACUUUGGAAAGACCGGUGUCAAUGGCCGUAUCGCCCGGAUUGGGAGCCUCAAUGCGCCACCGCAAAUCCUCCUCGGCGCUUUAUCCAAGCUCUGUGCCAACGACUUCUUGAACAAGACACAGGUUCACGUACACUUGUCAAAAAUCUCCAGACAGUCAGAGUUUGCUUCACCGGGCCCCGAACGGGAUAUUCUUUUUGAAGCCACAUCGACGCACAUCAACGGACCCACCUGUACGAAAUGUAGACCUGCGGUGGAAAGGGAAAGACGUAUGGGAACAGCCCCAGUACUUUUCUGCGGCAACAUUGCGUCUGGUAAUCAGGCCUUGCGGGAUGGGCCGACGCGUGAUAAGUAUAGUCGGGAUUUGGGAGGGGUCUUGUGCUUCGAGAUGUGGGCAGCUGGCUUAAUGAACAGCUUUCCCUGCAUUGUUGUUCGUGGCAUCUGCGACUACGCCGACGCACACAAAAACGAGCAAUGGCGGCCGUACGCAGCAGCCACAGCGGCAUCGUUCGGCAAAGAAUUGCUAUGCUACAUCCCACCAUUGGUGUCAAGCGCUAGACACGCAUCUGAAAAUCCCCUUCAAAGACCUCACUUCCUUGUUCCAUUUGGGAGAAACGAAAACUUCGUCGGCAGAGAAACUAUUUUGAUUAAGCUUCUGGAGAGGAUACCACCAACUGCCAAUGGAGACGCUUGCCCAAGGACCGCUAUCGUCGGACUGGGAGGAAUCGGAAAGACACAAGUCGCCAUCGAAGCUGCGUACCGCGUUCGCGAAGUCCACCCCGACUGUUCCGUUUUCUGGGUACCUGCUGUAAGCGUUGAGAUGUUUAGCAACUAUUACCGUAAGAUUGGCCGAGCACUUAAACUCAAACACAUUGAGGAUCCUAAAGCAGAUGUCAAAACCCUGGUCCGAACUGCCUUAGAGCGGGACGACAUCAACAGCUGGCUUCUCAUAGUCGACAAUGCCGACGACACUGGCUUGCUGUUCAACGGGCCAAAGCUAGCAGCAUACAUCCCCUAUAGCCGUAGAGGCUCCAUCCUAUUCACGAGUCGGAACAGUAUCAUCGCAGCCAGAUUUGAUGGUGUAAAUGCCCUUCAUCUGUCCGAGAUGAAUGCUCAAGAAGCUGCUCGGCUCCUGCACACCGGCUUGAGCGAGAGCCAGAUCGACAAUGGCCGAAGUACAGCACAACUUCUAGAGAAGCUCACGUAUCUUCCUAUCUAG